UUAGAUAGUGUCCAUACUUGCCGAUUUUACCCUAAUGUCGACGUCAGUUUCUCAUCACUGACGUGUAUUCUAGGCAGACAUUAACUAUAAAUAAGAAAUUUUAGGCAUAAUGAUAUCAGUUUCAAUUUUAAAAUUGUGCAGUCAAAAUGAUAUUCCUCCAAUUACUUAGUUCAGUCUUUUCUUUUCUCCGAGUCAUGUACUCAUAUUAUGAAAUAAUAGUUACAGUAAUAAACUGCAUUACUGCGAUAAUGAAAUUUGUGAAAUAUCUGAAGCAACGAGUAUGGGGUACCCGCAACAAACCUGACGUAGAGCAUGGCCAAACCACCUGCUGCUGUAUUCACAAGUAAGUGCCCUAUCUUAGAUUAUAAAACUAUAAAGUGAUAUCUAUGUGGAAAGAAAUGGACGGUAACGAUUCAAAUUUUCCAGGGGAAAGGUUCCCAUAUCAUACGGAGACAGGUUUUUUUGAUGCAUCGGUUGUAGGAAUGGCGCCCAUUCAAAUCGUGGUAGUCAUUCUUCUGUUUAUGGCUUUCAUUCCCAUAAGAUAUUGAAGUAUUUCGCCUGAAAGUAUGGUAGUUGUCCCUACUUAAUAGUGGUAUUUGUUCCUGUAAUAGUAUGGAAAUUAUUCUUAUAUUAUUAUGGUAAUCGCUUCCAUACAUCUAUACUACUGUAUUAAUCUAGAGCCUCUGUCUGUAGGUUUGUUUUAUGUGUCACAUUUCAUGUGAAAUAUUUAUUUUUAACUCUCUGAUCCCAAUUUUUCCAACACUCAUAAGCAACCCCCAUUAAAAAUGUUCUCUUUAGCUUAUGAUGGUGCCUAAAGUGCACUCAAAUAUAAACUAUGGAAACUAUAUCGUAUUUAUUUUCUUUUCAGAGCGCCAUGCAUUCAACGUACGCACGCCGCAAGCUUGGAUGGACGUUCGAGCUUACCCUAUGAGAAAUCGGAGAAGUUACUUAAAGUCGUUACCGCUUGACUAUUUUUGUGUUUAGAAAUAACCAAUUAAGAGCUGCUAUUAAUACCAAAGAAUCUCAUACAAUGUGCAUUUAUAUUUACUUUAUAUCUAGGAUAUACCUUAGAUAUUAAGUCAACUUUUAUAAGAUAUAUGUAAUAAACUUAUGACGUGAAUAACCUGCCGUUUCAUUUAAAUCUGGCUUAGCCAUACCGUUUAGGUCUUUGAAAGUUAAAAUAUCAGUAACCAUAGACAUACCUACUGUGCAGAUUGUUUUUAAAGGAAAACAUAAUAUUUGUGAUUAUCCUUUACUGAAAAUAAAUUCUGACCGCAACCGGAAAACCCAAUACACUUUAGUUGUAGGCUACAUGAUUAUUAAUUAAACAGGUCGGCCCGAAUCUACGGGACGACAUUGAACAAUUCCCGCCCUUCGCAGUGAUUCGCCCUUAUGCCUGUAUCAGUAUAUAACAACUCCUAUACCUAUUAUACUGCGGUGCAUAUUAGGUAGUAUAUAACACACUUCUAACGGGCGAAUCCCAUUCGUCGAAUAACCAAGACGGAACGCCUCUUACGCCCACAAUCUAUGUGCCCUUAUCUCCGCUUCUCACACACAAUCUUUCUUACCCACAUAUAAACGGCUUCACGCACACAUCCACGUUUUUACUCACAGAUUUAUGUAAUCUUUCUUACCCACACAUAAACGGCUUCACGCACACAUCCACGUUUUUACUCACACAUUAAUGUAAACGUUUUACUCUCUUUGGUAUCAGUCACAUAAGGUAAUAUCGUCACUAUAAGUCACUAUAAGUAUAUCGACAAUAUCGUAUGCCUAUGGAGUUGCAUGCUGACAAGACAUCUGCUUUUUGUCGCUACGUAUGCUGUAUGUGACGACAUACGUACCUCUUGUUAUUAAUUUCCUAGAUAUUGAAGAAAUUGGUGGGACAUGUGACCACAUGAUAUCAAAGUGUGAAUGCUACAUGGUGUGAAAAUGAGCCAUCAUGGAUCAGCUGCGGAAACAGCAGUCUUACUAUUAUUAGCAAAAUCUCUUUACCAAUCAAUGGUGACCGCGUUACUGUUUACAAAAAUAAAAAUCGGGAAAUCCUAAUUAAUUAAAAUAGUUUAUCAAAUUAUAAAUAAUGGUCUAAUUUUUCUGUUUCUGAAAAGGUUAAAAAGAGGUUAUCUCUAUCGAUAACCAUGUAAUGUAGUCAUGUAAAUUUCAGAACACAAUUAUUGGCACUGAUAAUGAUUCACCAAGACUUUUUUCCUUUAAAGCUGGUCAAACAAAAAUGGAUCUUAUUCCCUAGCAUUUAGGAACAUAAUCAAUUGAGGCAACUUGGAGACAAGUGUAGUUAUCCUUAUUAUUUAUAUUUGCGGGUUUCACCAUUUUAUCUGAAAGUUUCUUGACAGUUAAACGUGUCAAAAUGUUCUCAAAAUCUGAACGUUUGAAACAUGCUGCUAAAGUGCUAAAACUUCAGGAUAAAAUUUAUGAAUUAAAGUGUCAUAAACCAAAAACACCUGAAGAUGAAGACAGGAUAAAUGAAGAAAUAGAAAUUGCUGAAAGACAAUACCAAUAUCUCAAGAAUAAACUGCUGAUUAUGUGCGCGAGGAAACGUUUCGUAGAAUAUGAGGUGGAGAUGGCUCUUACAUAGUUAUGAGGUAAGUUCAAACGCAGUCAACUAUUAUCCUUUAUCAAACGAUCGAUAGAAAUUAACUCUUAUCAAUUGUAAACCGUAUGUUAGGCUAUUUUAGGAAAUCUUUUUUACAGAUGAAUGUAAACAUGACCUUAUUGGCAACGACGCAAUGUAAAAGACCAUUAUAAUUUUCUAUUUCAAGAUUUUAUAAACAGCGCAGUAAAAAACGGAUAUAAAUAUCAUGCAGAUAGCUUUCAAAAUACGAUAACAACAACUUUCGUGUGCACUAGUUCUAGAACGUCCCGUUUAACCGUCCCGUUACAUUAAUUAAUUAAUUAAUUAAUUAUAGCUAUGCUUCGCGAGUAUGCCCAAAAGAGUGUGGAAUCGGCUCUGGUCGGCGGGGGUGGACUUAGGUCCCGAAACACUAAUUAUAGCCAUGCUUAGUAUAGUUUACUUGUUUGUUUACUAACUCAAAGCUAAUACUUUUUCGAAAUACUAUCAGCUAAUAUUUACAUUAGUCAUACUUAUGAGCGGACAACGCACCAUUCAUAAAAAAGUUAAUAGCUUUUAAACAUGCAUUUAAUAGGUGGACCUGCAAAAUUUGUCCAAAGGGACGUUUUUUACGACUUGCCACAUAAUUUAGUAGUUUAAUAAUAGGUAAUGCGUACUUCUCACCGAAAAUAUAAAAGCUCUAACGCACCAAUAAAAGGUUUAGUUUUGAAAGCACUACUCGCAGCGAGUGACAGUGACUCUUACGAAUAAUGAGUUUAUUUAAUUUCGGAGAAAAAAAUAAUGCAGCGUGUAUAACAAUGCCCAUCGAAGAUAAGAGAAUGAGAAUAAUGGAUUUUAUCAAUUUUGUACGAAAGCCAGACUCACUAAGCUGCAUCAUUCAAGAAUAUCGUGCGAUAGUACCUGAGCAGGAGGAUGGGGCAUCAAAGUCUUGCAAUCAAGCCGUAAAUAGGGCUCAAGACGAAAACAAUGCCCUACCAAUCGUACGUCUGGUUCACAGCCGCGUGAAUCUCUUUAGUAAAGAGAAGGUCAUGAGUGCAAGGUAUGUUGACGGAUAUAACCAUAAGCAGAAGUUCAUCAUUACUAUAAACUCAUGUGAAAAUAACACUGACAAAUAUUUACAAAUGCUGUGGGAUAAUAAUGUUCAAAUCGUAGUUACGACUUCUUCACACGCGGAGAAGAAUAAUUUCAAUCGAUUCUGGAGUUUAAAUGAACGUACUGUAAUAACGUAUAAUAACUUUCAGAUAGAGACUUUGGAAAUUAUUACAAAACCCCACUUUGUGUUGACCUUAUUGGUGCUCACUGAUCAAAAAGGUCAAGCACGCAAGCUAUCACAUUUUCAGUAUACUGCUUGGCCUGCUGAUGGCUUUUCCCAUGACCCGAAGGCCUUUUUAGAUUUUUUUUUUAAUAUUGACAGCCUAUACGCUGAUUUAAGAAAGCAUAAGACCAUAGGAAAUGUUGGUCCCAUAACAAUUGAUUGCAUUGACAAUAAUAGUAGCUCAGAAGUAUUUUGUGUACUCGAUAUUUGUCUUACAGAAGUUAAAAAGACUGGAAUGCUAUCAAUAGCAAACGCUGUUAAGAAAGUUAGACAGAAAAAAUAUGGUUGUAUGAACCGAUUAAAUGAUUAUGUCUUCUGUUACCAUCUAAUCCAUGCCUAUCUCUCAAUGACAUUUGAUAUAGUUAAAGUUCGUUGAAAGCACAGUCAAUUGUUUAUAAAAUUUUUUUAUCUCGUAUCUGUUUAGAAAUACCGAAGGAUAAAGCCAAGUUUUCUCAAAAUAACACAAAACGUAAACAAAUAAUUCAUGUCAGGCGAAUGUAGUAUAUUAAUUUCAAAUACCAGAAACAUGGUGAUUAUUCUUAGCUCUAAGCUUACACAACAUACUUUAUCAAUUGUACGUCAUUUUUCUACAACGAAUGUAUGCUGUUUUCUAGUUUUUAUAAAUAACCGUGUAAAAUUUAAUGUUUUCACUAUCAAAAUAAUGUAUGUUAUAUUUUUAAGGACAGAGGUUAAAAGUAUUGUGAAUAUUGUCAAACAACUGCCCUUCGGGUCGUUGUGUUAAUGGAUGUCACUUAAGUACAUGUGAACACGCCAUGUACAACUAUUUGUGUAAAAUAUUAAGCAUAAGCUAGCCUUAAGUUGCCUCAGAAGUCGCAAGUCUUAGAAUUAAGAAUAAAUAGAAUAAAGUGUCAGUUUAGUCAGCAGAUUUAUGUUGUGAUCUCACCUGUCAAGAGUUAAUAGAAAGCUAGUGUCUAUUUUGUAUUGAGUC